UCCUCUCUUUCCCCUUCGACUCGCGAAGGCCGGGGCCAGCCGUUGAAUCGAUCGGCCGACGCUCGCCGCGCCGCGCCGUUUUAACUCUCAUUCGUUCUCCCGUCGGCACGUGAGAAUCGGCCUUCAGGCUAAAGACUCCGUGUACGGUACAGUCGUGUCGCGGUAAUCGUCGUCCACGCAGCUCGAUGUCACCAUGAAUCGACGCUGAACAUCAGGCCACUCGACCAAGGAGCACGUGCUCGGACCGCAACCCCCCAGUGCCUUUGAUGCGGAGAGCCGGAACCCGCGGCGUCUUUUCCCGGGAGGGUCCCCGAUGAGCCGAACGAACACGCCUUAGCUCCGAGAACCGACCGAAGACCAACGUCUCCCGCAGCGCACCGUAACACCCACGCCGGCCACAACAUGUACCGGAAGCUGGGCCUCGAGGUCCAAUACCUGACCGAUCAACAUCUCGCCGGCUUCGAGAGCUACAAGUAUUGCUCUGUGGACACGAGCCCUCUCAGUGUGUAUAUUAUGCACCCAUUUUGGAACAAAGUAGUGCAGUAUUGUCCGAAAUGGGUUGCUCCGAAUGUGUUAACUUUCUCUGGAUUCCUCUUCACUGUCUUCAAUUUCACUAUGUUCGCGAGUUACGACUAUUAUCUGUACGCGUCCAGCGACGAUAAACCACAGUACCCGCCUAUACCAAGGUGGGUCUUUGCACUGGGCGCAUUUAAUGUCUUCAUGGCUUAUACCCUUGAUGGUAUAGACGGAAAACAAGCGAGGAAAACGCAAACGUCCGGUCCCUUGGGAGAAUUAUUCGACCAUGGACUGGACAGUUGGACAACAAUGUGGAUUACUGUAUGUAUGUUCUCCGUGUUCGGCCGUACGGAUCACAGUGUAUCCCCGAUGAGGAUGUAUUUCAUACUGUGGAGCGUAUUUGUUAACUUUUAUUUGACUCAUUGGGAAAAGUACAACACCGGUGUGCUGUUUCUCCCAUGGGGAUAUGACUUAUCCAUGGUGGGCACUACCACAGUGUUUAUUAUAUCAAGCAUAGGGGGACACGAAACCUGGAAAUUCAUGCUGCCCGGCAACAUUUCCGUGGGCGUGAUGUUCGAAAUUGUACUGUACGUCACCGCGAUCGUGACCAGCUUACCCGUGGUGCUUUGGAACAUAUACAAAUCCUACAGGGACAAGACUGGCAAAAUGAGAACAUUCCUAGACGCUAUAAGACCUCUGAUACCUCUAAGUGCUCUCUUCGCGAUCUCGACAGUUUGGGUAGUGCACUCCCCGAGUAACAUAGUAGAGAAAGACCCGAGGAUCGUGUUUUUGACCGUUGGAACCAUUUUCUCCAAUAUAUGCUGUCGAUUGAUCGUGUCGCAAAUGAGCAACGCCAGAUGCGAAAUAUUCUCGUGGAUACUAGUGCCCAUGGGGGUGGCGGUAGCCGUCACCUUCGUCUUGCCGAGUACCGACUUGGUAUUCACUUAUAUCGUCGCCGUGGUCGCGCUGUUGGCGCACAUUCAUUACGGCACAUGCGUGGUGCGUCAGAUGUGUCGUCACUUCCGUAUCCACACGUUCCGCAUCAAGAGUCGCGUCGAUUGACUACUUGCCGACGAUACAUGUUAAAAACGAAGAAACAAAAGGGAGUCGGAGCCACCUACGAAUCAGUGAGUACAGAGCAGACAGGGGCAAGAAGCGAGCCGGAAACGAGGAAGAUCCCGUUCGCAGCUCGGGUGGCACCUCGGACAAGGGAACGAGGAUUCCCGGGCAGUGUUAGAAAAAAGAAACAUCACUCGCGCAUCCAAUCAUUGCUGAUCACAUAUCCAUAAAAGAAGUACCUGUUACGUGAUCUUAUUUAUUCCUUCGCAGAGGCAACAAAUUGUUUGAAUCCUCGUGUCGCUGUGAUAAACAUAGCCGCAGAAAUCACGCUUCUUUUGUAACCGGUCGAUGUACACUGGUCCCGGUAUUUACGGUUAGCGCAUUUUAGUGGAAUCGAUAGCCAAGAGGGGGAGGGGGCGAGGUGGGGCAAGAGAGGUGUAUAGCACUCUAUCGACUUCUGUAUUGUCUUUUUGUGUUCAGUUCGUAAACUCUGACUUUAAGUGUUCCGAGGGGAGGUUUUUUCGUUUUUAACGUGUAUUGUCUGUGUAGCUAAUCGACUAGGCUAGCUUGGCACGGUGGUGCACGCUGUCAACUGCACCGCGUUUAUGUGGACACGUGAUGAGGUAGCCAGUCCUAAUCUCAGGACUGCCGUCGUUCGAUAAUAUUCGAGACGAUAAGAGAGAACUACUCUAGAAGGAUGAGGCCAACUUUGGGGCGAGCUGUCUCGAAAUGCGAAGGAUCUACUGUCCGAAUCCAUGACACUCUUUUGGACUCGAGAAGUCAGCCUAUGCUGUCUCUUGCCAUGUUCGAAGUCCCAGCUUGGGACUGUACGGAUGGCGUUACACAAUGUAGACGCAGGGUACAUCCUGAAAUACUCGUUUUUCAAAGCGGAACCAGAUUCCGCUUUGUCCACUGAUUGUGAGCGAAACUGUAGAUCCAGCGGUGCAAGGUGCAAGUGACAGUUGAUCGCAUAACCGCCGGGUUAGCCUAGGAUAAUGGACUUUAAUUGCAGAUCGAUGGGAGGAGUAUCGUGUUUCACUAGCAGCCGCAACGAGGCGCGUGUAAAGAGACAUUAUUUAUUUUCGUGUAAGGAUGCAUGUGUAUGUUAUGUUGCAUUUAACGAGGACAUAGCGCUGUCAACGCUGAAUCCACGAAUUCCAUACAGUUAGGCUAAAGUAACCUGGAAUCGUCAAUUCGAGCGGGAACGAGGGGAACGUUCCGUUCCAUCGUCGUUCCCCCCCUGCAGCGAAAAGACUAUUCUGUAUAUAAUAUACAUAUAUACAUAUACACAUAUAUAUUUUCUUGGAAACGAAUGGAACGCGUGAUACUGUAUACUCAAAAUUACAACCGCGCAUUUGCUGUUAGAGCUUCUCAACGUGGGAGGAAAAAUGUUUCCGACGGGACGAAUGCGGCGCAACGUUGUUCCUCUUCUGUUUUGUUUUUUUUUUCAGUAACGAAGAACGUUGCUCGGCCAUUCGGUCGGCGUCACUGUCAAUUCUUCAAAGUGAUCGUACGCUCUUGAAAUUAUUCUUUGCGUUGGAAAGCAUGUCCUUCAUGACAAUAGUAGAUAAUGUACAAUACGUUAGCUGGUAAUUAUUGUUUAAGUUAUUAUUUUUUUUUCUUUUUUCUUUUUUAACACCCGUGGACUAUUUUUGGGCUAAAGAGAACAUUUCGUACGUUUGCUUAUCUAUCGUGAACGAAGACUUUUUUUUAAGGUAGUGGAAGCCCACGUUGGAAGCCCACGAUCAAAACUGUACAUCCGAAAUUGAAGUUCGCGUCUGCAGUAACGCAAAGUCAAUGUAGAAUAAAUGAAACGAUUCUGACCAUGCAUCGAUCUUUCGUUGUUCAGUUUUUUUUUUCUCUUUCAUUUCACUGGUUCUGCAUUACGAUGUUACAAAGUUCGAACGCUAAAUCGACGAGCCUCCGUUUUUUUUCUUCGUACAUUCGAUACACGUUGCUCUAGUCCGUUUUAUGUUAAGUGUAUGGAGUAGCUGUAAUUACGAAACUCUUUAAGAUGCGUUGUUCGUUCUUUAAAUAAGAAAAUCCGUUUGUUCGAAACGUUAGCAAAUCUCUGGCUAGAACGGGACAAAUUUUUGCAUAUUUGCAAAUUGUAUCUUGUGUAUAAACAUAAUAUUGAGCAACAGCGAGCAAUAAUAGCGUUGUUUCCGAUCGAGAGUUAUCCGUGUGAUCGGCAUCGAUCGAGAUCCAUGUAAUCCGACGCAAAAAAAAAACGCAACUAUAUCUGUUUAGACGUUGAAUUUAGUUUCCAGCGCAACUUAUGCAUCGACAUUUGUUUCUAACUUUUAUAGAUGGUAAAUGUAAUCACACUAUUCCCCAAAUGUUUGUUUCUGCCAAAGAUAUUAAAAAGAUUUUAUGUAAAUCGCCUUUUAUUCUCGCUGUCUACCUAUUACUUAAAUAUACGGUCGUUCGUUAAACAA